AAACCAAUGUAAACGAUAGAAAAUUAAAAAUGGCCGAUGUUUUGUUUGUGUGCAGUGACAAUGUCGUGUUGGUUUGUUUAGUUAAUUUUCCUGUAUAAUUAUACGUAUCGCUCGUGGAUAUUUCAGGGAAAAAAUGAACGCCACGAGUCUUUACGUAUCAACGUGUCGGCUAGUUUUACAAGCAGACGCUGACGAUCCAAAUUCAUGGACAGAUUUGUAUAGGCUAGUUCCAUAUUUGCGACAAAGCCUUAGUUGUACUGUGUGUUCAAAUUUAUUAAUCGAACCUCACACACCAACCGAAACUAAUUGUCAACAUCAUGUGUGUCGUGGGUGCAGAGGUGGACGUAAAAAACUUAAACCUUCGUGCGGUUGGUGCAAGGAUUAUGACAGAUACGUCGAAAACGUUCAAUUACGAAUAUUGUUACAGUGUUAUAAAAAGCUGUGUGAAUACUUGACAAACACAAACAUCUAUCGGAGUUUAAUACUUUCAGUGUCUUCCAAUAAAACAAGUAAUAGUGCAUCGACUAUUGGUGUCACGAGCCUCAUGGAACUUAUACAGGAAGGUUCUGGAUUUAAAGACGAAUUUAAAAGUACUGCUGGUUUGUCGAAAUCUGCAUACAGUAUUUUACCAUGUAUUUAUACGAGUACAACCUCCACUCAGACGCAAGGGAACGCUAUGCAAAAUUCUGAAACGAUAUCGCAAAGUAUAUCGGAAUCACCUGCUAUCCGUACCGUUUCAAAUGGAUCUUCAAUAUAUUCUGUGAUGUAUGCUGGAUCUGGUAACAAAAUAACAAUAAAACGGAAAGCCGCUGCUGCAGAAGAUACAGAAGUAGGCCAACAGGAUAUUGAUGGAAGUCAACACAGCUCUGUAGGAGGGGUAAAAUGUAUUCCAUCUUCCCACCUUAAAUAUGGGGCCCCUUCUCAGAAAAAAUCUUCAAAGGGCAGCAAAUCGUCAGGCUUUAAAAAACCAAGGUCAAGUUCAGCUCGGAGUAAAAGAAAAGGAUGUAGAUGCGGUAAUGCUACAGCAAUACCUGGAAAAUUAACUUGUUGUGGUCAACGUUGUCCCUGUUAUGUUGAAAGUAAACCUUGCGUGGAAUGUAGAUGCAGAGGUUGUAGAAAUCCUCACACGGCAGAUGGAUUAAAGAUACGGCCACAUAUACCUGAGUUACAUAAUUUGCAAUUGCAAUUAUCAGCUCCUUUAGACUGCGAUACGUUAAGUUCGGAUCCUUUAGGAUCUGUACCACAAUGCCUUUCAACCUCCCCAACCACAAUUCAAGUAUUAAAUGUUUAUUCAACUCCAAGGUUAGAUAUUGACAAUGUACCACAGAAUCUACCUGCAGCCUUGUUAGUAGGAGAAGACGCUAUGAUUAGUACUGAAAGUGAAGCUGAAGAUAGUGAUAUACAAAUUGAUGUGUGACAAUUCAAAUGACAUUGUCAAAUGUCAUGUUUAAUCUAAUAAGAAUAAUCUAUCUUCUAUUGAAAUAAAAAAUUAUGGUUUUUAAUCUAUAAUUAUAUUAAAAAAUAAUAAAUAUAUUUUUAUCACUCAUAAAUUAUCUGUAUUGUGGCAUUUUAAAAAGCUUAGAAAACUAAGUUUGUGUAAGUAUGAAUAAAUUUAUUUCCAGUGUAAGAGUAAAAUAUUUUACUCCAUUUAUUUCUGACUAUAAUUCGUAAUUUUGUUACAUUAUUUUACAAUUCAAUAUUCUUGUACAUUUGAUUAUCAUUAUUAUUGUUUAUAUUUAAAUUACGUAUGUCCCUUGAACUUUGAUCGUCUAUGUUAUGCAAUGUGCCCAUACAGUGGCAAAAAAGGAAUACCUCCAUGUCCAUAUACAUAUUGUGCCAUACUGUACAUUUGCUUAUUAUUAUAAAUUUUAAAUAAUUAGAGGUAACAAUCAAAAAUUUUAACUAUUUAUAAAAACUAUAUGGUAAGAGAAACUGGAAAUUAACAAGGAGAGCGUACAGAUGGAGAUUAUUUAAAUAUUUGUUUUUGUGCAUACAAGAAUGUAUAAUAAUCUGUUUAUUGACUGGUUAUACAUAGGGUGUUCCACUACAAAUUGAACAUCUAAUUCUCUCUUUUGUUAUUAAAGAUGCAGCAGAAUGUUCAAUGGUUUUAUAGAGUAAAUGAGACAUGAAAAUAAUUUUGUAAGGUAGUUAAUGGCUUUAUCAGUAUUUUUCAUCAUUAUUUAAUAUGUUAACGAUUUCACCAAUUUCAAUGCUUUUAUAGUAUGUUGAAAAGGGAGAUCAAUGAGUGUGUUUAGAGCAAGAAAUAAUUGUAGUUCACUCUUAGUUUUGAAGAUAUACGUAAUUACUAGAAACUUGAAAUAUAGUAUGAAACUACACUCCCACAGACAAAGUUAAAUGUAUUUCCCAUUGUUAGCGGAUUUCUGAUCAGUACAUUUCCACUUAUGAUUGAUAGAAUGGAUAGGAAUAACUCCGAUUCUACCAACUGAAAGCCUUAUAGCAGCUUUCCAUAGCAGGCAUCAAAACACACAUUAAAUUCAGACCUAUUACAUUUGACUUUAGAACACUUAUGAAUUUUGUUUAAUAUUAAUAAUAGUAUUAUUAGUAAUAGUUUAAAUUAGUUCUGGGUUAAAAACAAUAAUGACAAGUAAAUAAUUUUAACUUCAGAAUAAUCUAUAAUUACCUAUUAUUUUUUUCUUAUCUUCUAAUGCACAGAAUUUCAAAACUAGAUGCGAGCAAUAAUUUUUUGCUUUAGUACAUACAUCCAGGUCAUUGAAGUUGUUGAGGUUAUUAACAUGGUAAAUAUUUACUGUUUUUCUAUCUAAUAAAAUUUAUUUCUUUUUAUGCAUGAUCCUAAAAUUAUUUUUAACAAAAAUUCAAUAACCUAUGAUAUGUGUACGUUUCAUUGUUAAAUUAUCUAAUUAUCUUGUGUGAGAAUAAAUGUUCAAAUUGUCAGUCUUCAUCAUGGACUUAUUUUGUCUCUCUUCUACUCAGAUCACAGGUAUGUAUCAUUAAAAAUAUAUUUUUGUAGUACACAAGAUGUAAUUUAGUUUCAGAAUAAGAUAUAUAAAUACAUCAUUGGUUGUUGAAUUUGUCCUAAAAAAAUGUUCUCUCUAUUUAAAGAUAUUUGUAAUCCGAUUAAAAAAAAAAGAGAUGAUCUAGACUAUAGUCAGUACAGACAGUAGUCUAUACUGUCAAAAAAUAAAUUACAAAAUAUUGUAUACAUCUCAUUAGUCCUAUAAAAUCAUUCAUUUUAUGGCUUAAAAAUAUUUUCAUAGCUGUAAUGGUGAAAGGGAUAAUUAAGUGUUCUGUUUCUGAUGUACAACCCUACAUUUAAUGACCAAACAUUAUGUUUUAUAUAUUUUACAUACUAUUUAGUACACUUAUUAUAAGUCAAUACACGUCAAAUCUUAAAUACAUCUUACAAAAAUAUCUGAUUUGUAUAUAUAAUUCAUAUCAUUAUUGUUAUUUAAGUUCUUAAUUAAAUGUUUGUUUUAUGUAAUCGUUGAUGUUAGUACUGAAAGCUAAAACUAUAAAUAAUAAGUUAUAGACUGCUCUAUAUUUCACCACCUUCGAUCAAAGAUUUACAAUUUAACAACGAAUUUUUAAUUCAAGAAGUAAUAAUAAAACACUAUAAUCAUGAUGAGAUAUUAUAGGUGUACAUAUAUCUAAAUUUACUAUGUAGUUUAGUACUUGAAUGAUGUGAUAAAUCUUCCUACUUCUGUUUAUAGUUAUUUCUUUUGUUACCAAUAUUUGUACGUAUAUACAAAAUCUAAGCAACCUUUUAUUUAUAUUUAUAAGAUAACAUAUGUAUAUUUUGUAGAUAUGUGAUUCAAUAUUUUUUAAAAUACUAUUUAUGUUUAAAAAUGAAAUGUCCGAAAGUACUUCACAGAAUCAUACUUAUAACAGAUUACAAAUAGUGAAUAAAUUCAUAGCAUUAUUUAAAGGUGAAAUAACUAAGAAGAAAUACUUAAAACAGGACACAUAUGAAACAAUAAUAACAUACACAUACAGUGUGUAGUCGCCCAUAUGUAAUUUACAAAUUUAAUCUUAUUUCCAUUAAAAGAAAUCAAUUGUUUGUAAAAAAAAGAUCUGACUGUAUGUUUUAUUUCAUUUCAAAUUAAAUAUCAGAUAUAUUAUUUGCCCAAUAUUUAGAUAAUGCUAAUAUUACUAUAACAGCAGAAUCUACUUUUAUCGAGAUACAAAUAAUAUCAUAUUAGAUUCUCAGAUUAUAUCUUUUAGAAAUAAGAUUGUUGAACUAUUUCUUAAAUUUAUAUUUCGAAUAGUAAACAAUUUAAAAAUAAUAUCUACUUAAAUACCUACAAUUAAAGGUUUAAUUAUUCUCAUACUAGUACAAAACUAAAUACUAAAAAUAUAUAUGUAAAAUAUAAUAGAAUUAUGCUACCAACUUUAAUAUAACAGUAUAUUUUCGUAGCAUACGUGCUGUUUAUUGUGAAUUGUUUGCAUCUUUUAAAAAUCAAAUAAUAUUUUAAAAAAUUGGGGGAAAAACUUGAAAGUUUUAAAUUAUACAAAUGUAUCUGGUUUUAAAGACGAAAUAAAAAAAAAUAUGUAUUGCAAACUAUUAUGUAUGAAUAAAAUAAAUUAUGGAAACAUUGUAAUAAAAAUGCUCAACAUAA